UGCAUGCAGCAUUAUGUUUCCAUAGUCACCAGUGUGAUGGCAUUAGUUGUUAAGUUGGACAGUGUGUGUGUGGUGUACUCAGUGGACUCUCAAACUGUAUUCAAAUGCCAAAAGGUGGAGAGUGAAAAUAUUCUUCAAUGAGCAAUGAUGGCAAAUGGUUUGCUCAUCCAGUUUCACCAGAAAAUGAGACAAGGAGUCGUGAGGCUUGUACAAGCAAUGGGAUCAUGCUGACUCAGGUUCAAUCAGCAUUGCCUCAGGCUUUGAACGUGGAGCGCUAUCCUAAAUGGAAAACUCAGCAGAAAUCCAGAGAAUAUCCAUUCUCCGACCAUGACAACAAGCAUGCCUUAAAAGACAACGUCUCUGUUUUCACUCAUGGUGUGGGACGCAGGAAGAGUCCUGAUGAUCACAGACAGCACAACUCCCACUUCUGCAUGUGCCACGAUGGAGAUCGCAGCAGCCCUGUAGAGAACGGGGGGAACAUCACGGUCCACCAGACCGACUUCACGGUGAAGCAGGCUGUUAAUAUUCCAACCAGCAACAGGAAGUUCCCCCGCAACCACAAGCAGAAGUCUGCAGAGGCAGCUUUGGCGCAGAAAGCUCCAUUCAAAGACGACGAUUUUGCUGGAAGUGUUGGAUAUGCAGAGACUAAAGUGACCAGGAAAUCCAAAGAUGCUCUGUGCCAUCUGUGCUGUGUUAUAUAUGGCCGGCGUUGCUGUGUGAAUGAAUGGAGGGUCCACAAUUAUUCUGCUGCUGAGACUGGAGCUAAAAAAGGGAGAAUAUGGAUUGCAUGUUUUAAGCAUGACAUCAAGGCACAGCUGCAGUUGCUGCGUUCUGCACCUGUGGCAUGAAGAGGAGGAAUGAACAGAUUAAGCAUGCA